CCUAAAUUCGAUUCAGAUUUUUUACUCUCUAAUUUCUGAGUUUGCUCCAAUUGUUAAAUUUCUUUGCUUCUGCAUAUCUAAUCGACCAAUAUUAAUGAACGUGUGCAAGACCAAUGUCAUUUUCUGAGGCCGAGCUGUCUCUUUCUUGCGUUUGAUCAGUUCUCUGUUCCCUCUGGGCUAAUCGUGCAUGAACCGGAAUUCAAAAUGAGUAUAGUGCCCAAGGAAGCAAUCGAAGUAACGAGUAUAGUGCCCAAGGAAGCAAUCGAGGUGAUUGCACAGAGCAUUGGAAUCACCAAUUUGUCCCCUGAGGUUGCUCUCGCUCUAGCUCCCGAUGUCGAGUACCGAGUUCGCGAGAUCAUGCAGGAGGCUAUUAAAUGCAUGCGCCACUCAAGGAGAACUACUUUGACUGCAGAAGAUGUCGAUAGUGCUCUUAGCUUGAGAAAUGUGGACCCUGUGUAUGGCUUUGCCUCUGGGGAUCCGCUGCGUUUCAAGAGAGCUGCGGGACAUAAGGAUCUGUACUACAUUGAUGACAAGGAUGUUGAGUUUAAAGACGUGAUUGAGGCGCCUUUACCAAAAGCGCCUCUUGAUACGUCAGUUAAAGUUCACUGGUUGGCAAUUGAAGGCGUUCAACCUGCAAUUCCUGAGAAUGCUCCUGUUGAAGCACUUGCAGCAUCCUCUGAUGGUAAAAAGUCUGAAUAUAAGGAAGAUGGUCUUCCUGUUGACGUUAAAUUACCUGUCAAGCAUGUAUUGUCAAAGGAACUUCAGCUGUACUUUGACAAAAUCACAGAGCUUACCAUAAAGAAGUCUGGUUCUAUACUUUUCAAACAAGCUUUAGUUAGCUUGGCAACAGACUCUGGUCUCCAUCCUUUACUUCCUUAUUUCACUUACUUGAUUGCUGAUGAGGUUGCACGAAAUUUGAAUAAUUUCUCUGUCCUGUUUGCUUUAAUGCGUGUUGCCCAAAGCCUUCUUCAAAAUCCACACAUACAUGUAGAACCUUAUCUACACCAACUGAUGCCGUCUAUUGUAACCUGCCUAGUUGCUAAAAGGUUGGGAAAUAGGUUUUCUGACAAUCAUUGGGAGCUUAGAAACUUCACAGCAAACCUGGUUGCAUCAAUAUGCAAAAGAUUUGGGCAUGUUUACCACAAUCUGCAGCCACGUGUCACAAGGACUCUACUUCAUGCAUUCUUGGACCCAACAAAAUCAUUGCCUCAACAUUAUGGGGCAGUACAAGGAUUGGCAGCUUUAGGACCCAAUGUGGUUCGUCUUUUGAUACUGCCAAAUCUAGAGCCAUAUUUGCUAUUGCUUGAACCAGAAAUGCUUCUUGAGAAGCAAAAGAACGAGAUUAAGAGGCUUGAAGCUUGGCGUGUUUAUGGGGCCUUGAUGCACGCAGCUGGUCUAUGUGUGUAUGAUCGGCUCAAAAUGUUACCUGGUAUGCUAACGCCACCAAUACGGACUGUCUUGAAGAGCAAUGGAAGAGUUAUGACUAAAAUGCCGAAUAAACGAAAAGCUAGCACAGACAACUUGAUGCAACAACCACCACUCAAGAAACUAGCGACAGAUGGUGCGAUGGGUGUAAUGCCAAUGAACUCCAUGCAAGUUGACAUGCAAGGGGCAACAGGUGGAUAUCCCAAGGCUGUUGGGGCUUCUAGCAUGAGCAUACCAUUAACAUCUCGGCAGUUGCCUAAUGAAAACAUGCCAGGAAGGGAUGGUGGUCAGGUGUUAAAAGCAUCAACUGUGCUUGCACAGGCUUGGAAGGAGGACAUAGAUGCAGGACGUUUGCUGGCUUCUCUAUACGAACUUUUUGGUGAAAGUAUGUUUGCCUUCAUUCCGAAACCAGAGUUGUCUUUUUUCUUGUAAAUUUAACUGGAGAUAUCAGCAAUUGUCCUCAGGAAAUUAUCUGUUACAUUCCUCGUUCUUUUCCUUCCAGGAUAGUUUUUGCAUUUCCGAAGAAAGUUGUACGGAAUUCUUUUUGUAGAUAACUAAUCAAACAUACCAAAUUGUGGCGUUCA